AUGUUGUUCAGCACGGCACGCAGGGAGGACGGUGACUACGUCCUCUUUGCGGAGUGGCCCCUCGCCAUCGCCGCCGGAGGAGAUUCUGGGGAGUACGGGCGUCGUUGUUCGCCUCGGGCGUUCCUUGCGGUUCGGUGGGACGAUCCCGUGGCGAGGGAUCGGUUCCGCCGAGUGCUGGCGAUCUGCCUUUUCUCGGCCCUCGAGGUGCAAACCCUCGUUGGCUUCAUGUUCCGUCUUGUGCGCGACAACCUCCGCCACCGGGGCCUCUGGUCUGUGGAGGUUGACCAUAUGCUGCGAUCCCAGAUUCAUCGCGAGCAUGGCGUCAACCUCCAGCCGCCCACCAAGGGACAGCACCAUGCCUUCGAGGCGGAGUGGGUCGGUCUCGACACUCGUUCCCGUCAAGACCCGACCUACGUGAACGACGUCCCGCUCUUGGGCAACUUGGGGAGUGGGUUCCGGCGCCUGUGCGAUCUGAUGGAGUCCCGGUUUUGGAUUCUGCGGGCGAGCCGGACCACCCACCCUUUUGUCCAGAGUGUGGAUGCUCGGACGCGUGGGGAGGGUUUCGCGGGGGUCCGUGGGGAGGAGCGACGAACCUUCCGACGGGGCGAGGGUUGGGAUGGUGCCGGGACGGGACCUCUGGAGCUCGAGGGUGAGCCCUAG